AUCGCACCCAGUCGAUUCUUCCUAGACAGCCAUGAGUCAGUCCCCCCCCCGGGGGGCCCUCCCCCUGCCACAGCCGCAGCUUCCGCUGCCACCGCCGCCACCGAGGCUCGCCUGCACCCGGAGGGCAGCAGCAGAAAGCAGCAGCGAGCUCAAUCACCCGCUAGACUGAGGGACAAUACGGUCCGACAGACCACAGCAGCUACCCGGUCCCCGGUGGGGGCAGGCACUAAACUCAAUUCUGUUCGGCAGCAGCAAUUGCAGCAGCAACAGCAGCAACAGCAGCAGCAGCAGCAGCAGCUGCAGGGCAACAAGACCGCGGGCCGCGCGCACCCGCACCCGCAGCAGCGCCAGGAGCAGGAAGACAUGCAGGAGGAGAUGGAGAAGCUUCGAGAGGAAAACGAGACUCUCAAGAACGAGAUCGACGAGCUGAGGACCGAGAUGGACGAAAUGAGGGACAGCUUCUUCGAGGAGGAUGCCUGUCAGCUGCAGGAAAUGCGCCACGAGUUGGAGAGAGCCAACAAGAACUGCCGGAUCCUGCAGUACCGCCUCCGCAAAGCCGAGCGCAAGAGGCUCCGCUACGCGCAGACCGGCGAGAUCGACGGGGAGCUGCUGCGCAGCCUGGAGCAGGACCUCAAGGUUGCAAAGGAUGUAUCUGUGAGACUUCACCAUGAAUUGGAAAAUGUGGAAGAAAAGAGAACAACAACAGAAGAUGAAAAUGAGAAACUGAGGCAACAGCUUAUAGAAGUUGAGAUUGCAAAGCAAGCUUUACAGAAUGAACUGGAAAAAAUGAAGGAGCUCUCCUUAAAAAGAAGAGGAAGCAAAGAUUUACCAAAAUCUGAAAAAAAGACUCAACAGACUCCCACAGAGGAGGACAAUGAAGAUCUGAAAUGCCAGCUGCAGUUCGUGAAAGAAGAAGCUGCUCUGAUGAGAAAGAAAAUGGCCAAGAUUGAUAAAGAGAAGGACCGAUUUGAGCACGAGCUGCAGAAGUACCGGUCCUUUUAUGGGGAUCUGGACAGUCCUUUGCCCAAAGGAGAAGCGGGGGGCCCUCCCAGCACCAGGGAGGCGGAGCUCAAGCUGCGGUUGAGGCUGGUGGAGGAAGAAGCCAACAUCCUGGGCAGGAAAAUCGUGGAGCUGGAGGUGGAGAACAGAGGCCUCAAGGCGGAACUGGACGACCUGAGGGGCGAAGACUUCAAUGGCUCGGCCAACCCGCUCAUGAGGGAGCAGAGCGAAUCCCUGUCGGAGCUGCGGCAGCACCUGCAGCUGGUGGAAGACGAGACCGAGCUGCUGCGGAGGAACGUGGCCGACCUGGAGGAACAGAACAAGCGCAUCACGGCCGAGCUCAACAAGUACAAGUUCAAGUCCGGCGGCCACGAGAGCGCGCGGCACCAGGACAGCGCCAAGACCGAGGCGCUGCAGGAGGAGCUGAAGGCGGCGCGCCUGCAGAUCAACGAGCUGAGCGGCAAGGUCAUGCAGCUGCAGUACGAGAACCGCGUGCUCAUGUCCAACAUGCAGCGCUACGACCUGGCCUCGCACCUGGGCAUCCGCGGCAGCCCCCGCGACAGCGACUUCUACCCCGCGCCCGGGCCCUGGCCCAAGAGCUUCUCCGACCGGCAGCAGAUGAAGGACAUCCGCUCGGAGGCCGAGCGCCUGGGCAAGACCAUCGACCGGCUCAUCGCCGACACGAGCACCAUCAUCACCGAGGCGCGCAUCUACGUGGCCAACGGGGACCUGUUCGGACUGAUGGACGAGGAGGACGACGGCAGCCGCAUCCGGGAGCACGAGCUGCUCUACCGCAUCAACGCGCAGAUGAAGGCCUUCCGCAAGGAGCUGCAGACGUUCAUCGACCGCCUGGAGGUGCCCAAGUCCGCGGACGACCGUGGUGCCGAGGAACCCCCCGAACCUUCCCAGAUGUUCCAGCCUAUCAUUUUACUUAUCCUCAUUCUUGUAUUAUUUUCAUCACUUUCUUACACAACAAUAUUUAAACUUGUCUUCCUUUUUACACUGUUUUUUGUACUGUAA